GUGCACGCGCAAGCCACACACAGCGAAGCACUUUGUACCAAACUCAGACUACAACCGGGGGAUGCCAGACACACAUGAUUUGACCUUCAGCGAACCAGGGGUUUAGCGCCAAUCCGUUCAGCACAACAUAUCGGUCCCGUAUCGGAGCAUUUUAUCGCGCCUUGUUGUUUUUAAUAAACACAGUUUUAUUUAUUGGCAAGAGAUUGCCACGUCCUUGAUUUUCUGGCCUCGGCGGUUUGGAAAAACCUAACAUACUGAGUGGUUUCACCCAGGAAUGGAUACUGGAGUUGUCACUGAAAAGAAAAGGGUGAGCUCGGACCGCAGGAAGGAGAAGUCCAGGGAUGCAGCUCGAUGUCGCAGGGGAAAGGAGUCGGAGGUGUUUUAUGAGCUAGCACAAGGGCUCCCCCUGCCACACAAUGUCACCUCCCACCUGGACAAAGCCUCCAUCAUGAGGCUGUCCAUGAGCUACCUGCGUGUAAGGAAACUGCUGAGCUCCGGUCAGUUUCCAGACAUCGAUGAAGCUGAUAAGGAGAACAAGCUGGAGAGUCAGCUGAACGGUUUCUAUUUGAAAGCCCUUGAGGGUUUCCUCUUGGUCCUCUCUGAUGAUGGAGAUAUGGUUUAUCUCUCUGAGAAUGUCAGCAAGAGCAUGGGUCUUACACAGUUUGAUCUGACCGGUCACAGCAUCUAUGACUUUUCACACCCAUGUGACCAUGAGGAGUUGAGAGAAAUGCUGGUCCAGAGGACGGGAUCCAAAAAAUCCAAGGAACAAAACACAGAGCGAAGCUUCUUCCUGCGUAUGAAGUGCACACUCACUAGCAGAGGUCGAACUGUCAAUAUCAAGUCUGCUACAUGGAAGGUUCUUCACUGCACAGGACACAUUCGUGUGCACGAGACCAGCAAUGACUCUGGAGAUUGUGGCUUUAAAGAGCCCCCAAUGACCUACUUUGUGCUCAUCUGUGAACCCAUUCCUCAUCCCUCAAACAUCGAGUUUCCUCUGGACAGCAAGACCUUUCUCAGCCGCCACACUCUGGACAUGAAGUUCUCAUACUGUGAUGAGAGGAUCACAGAACUUAUGGGAUAUGAGCCAGAUGAUCUGCUGAAAAGGUCCGUGUAUGAGUACUAUCAUGCACUGGAUUCGGACCACCUCACCAAGACACAUCACAAUCUGUUUGCAAAGGGUCAGGCUACCACAAGCCAAUACCGCAUGCUUGCUAAGAAAGGCGGUUACGUGUGGGUGGAGACUCAGGCCACUAUCAUCUACAACCCUAAGAAUUCCCAACCACAAUGCAUUGUGUGUGUCAACUUUGUUCUUAGUGGCAUUGUGGAGGGGGAUGUGGUUCUGUCCCUGCAGCAGACCAAGAGCGAGCCCAAAGCUGUGGAGGAAGAGAGCCAAGAGGUUGAAGAUGAGGCCUCAGAGUUGGACGUGCUCAAACUGUUCAAGUCUGAUGAUCUCAAGUGCUCAGUGGAGAGUUCUGACAGCCUGUAUAAAAUGCUGAAAAAAGAGCCCGAGGCCCUCAAUCAGUCGGCACCUCCGGCAGGAGACACUAUCAUCACCCUGGACUUCAACAACCCAGAGUCUGACAUGCAGCUCCUGAAGGAGGUGACCCUCUACAAUGAUGUCAUGCUGCCCUCCAUUAGUGAGAAGCUGCCUUUGGGUCUGUCUGAUCUGACCAUGGCUAAGCCCACCCCAGCUCUGACCAAGGUGGAGAAUGAAGCAGAGGACUUUCGUUUCAACUCCGACAGCGGGAUUACCAACUCUGCAAACACAUCUGGACUCUGCUCACCCGGGCCCAACAGCCCUAUGGAUUACUGCUUCCCGGUGGACUCAGACAUCAAUACUGAUUUUAAACUCGACCUGGUUGAGAAACUAUUUGCUAUUGAUACAGAGCCAAAGACCCCUUUUACCAAUGAGGAAAUGGAAGAUCUCGAUUUAGAGAUGCUAGCUCCAUACAUCCCAAUGGAUGAUGACUACCAGCUCCGCAUCCCCUCUCCACUGGAUCCCAUCCCCUCUGGCCCUCACUCCCUGUUGGCCAUGAAUUCCUUGUUCCAGCCUCUACCAACCCCUGUAUCUCCAGGAUCCAUCUCCACCGGUCCUGUAAAGCAGGAGCCAGCAUCACAGGCCCCUUCGCCCCUGCACCUUGUGCAGGAGGUGUGCAGUGCACCCGUCUCACCCAUCAGUGGCAGUCGUGACGCUUCACCAGCACGUUCCCCCACCCCACAGGGAGGAAAUCCGCUGAAAAGAAUUUCUGUGACUGAGCGAGAGCUGUCUGCAAAGGUGCUAGCCAUUCAGAAUGCCCAACGCAAGAGGAAGCUGGAGGAGGUGACAUCGCUUUCUGAAGCUUUUGGACUGGGUGCUUUGCUUCAGAGUGUGGACAGUGCUAUAGAACCUGGAAAGAGGGCAAAGGUUUUGGAGGUUAAAGGGUGCAGUGUGUUUGGUGGAAACAAAACCAUCCUCAUACUACCCUCUGACAUGGCCAGUCGUCUGUUGUCCAGCUCAUUCGAGAGCGGCAGGCUGCCUCAGCUAACAAGCUAUGACUGUGAGGUCAACGCUCCUGUCCAGGACCGUCAUCAUCUGCUCCAGGGGGAGGAACUCCUGUGUGCUCUGGACCAAGUUAACUGAGCUGUGUUUAGAAAUUCCAGACACUGCAUCCUUUUCUCUGCCCUUUAGAGCCCCAUCUUGUAAAUCUGCCUCUACAUUAUCCCUUUAUUCCACACCCUACCCUGUCUGAUGGUGAUAGUCGCAAUGCACCCAGGUGUUUUAAAAUGUACUACCUGCACCUUCCAUUAAUUUAACUGGGCUUCACUUCACAUCACUGUAAGGAGGAGGAGCCCACAGUACUUCACAUAGUGUAGAGGGUGGUCUCUCACCGGCCAGUAGAGACAGAAAAGUGUAAUAUAUUGGAGGAGCCUUAUUGUAAAAUGCGCACUGGAUAUUCUAACACACAAAUGUAAAUGUGCAUAAUCAUAUGAUCUCGUGCACGCCCUCCGGAUUCAUGAACUCCACCUCAAAAGCUCCUGUUGUGUAUUAUUGACUUCUCCCCCCUUCCCUAAGCAGUGUGUAUUGUAGCUACAGUCGCACAAUAAUAUAUUUUCGUAAGACAAAGUACCAGCAGUCCAUGCAAUAUACCAUUUUUACAAAUAUGUACUUUUAAUGAAAGAUUAAACCGUUUAUUUUUUUCUUUUCCUUUUGUCAUUUCUCUCUUCUGAGUUUUUUUAAUGCUCAGUGGUUAAAUGCAGUUGGAUGUUCAUGUUGCUUUACAUUGCAGAAGGCCAUGUUAGCUUACAUCACUUUCAGUUUCCUCUUGAACAGCACAAGUGGAUUGUAAGAGGCAUUGAAAGUGAUGAUAGAGAAUAUGCGAAAAGGGAUUUCAAAAUCAGUGGUAUUUUUGGUGUUCUCAUGGAGGUUUUGGUGAAAACAGAUUUAUAGUUUAAUUAUGCAAUAGAUUUUUAUAUUUUUGUGGUCAUUUUUCCGGUUAGUUAUCUACGUAGUAGAUGCUUGGUAUAAUUCAUGCUUGUGAGAAAUCCAGAUAGUACGUCAGUGUCCUGCUUUAUAAACUGUUUUAGAUCACGCAAAGCCUACGUGUCAUUUAUUUUAAGUAUUUAUAAUGGCAUUAGAACAUGAAUGCUUCGUUUAAAUAAGACAAUAUUUGUUUUGUCAUGCUUUCAGAUAAAUGUCAGCUUUUUCCCAUGUCCUGCAAUAUUUUGACCCUUUUUUUGUUUAUUGAUAGAAAAUACAUUUUUUUUUUUUUUGUAAUCUUCCGUUCAUUCAUCCCUGCAAUAUCGAGUCUUCUCCUUUAUUUUCUUAACACUAAAUGUAUUGUUUAUUGCAUAAUCAGUAAAAGACAAUUGUGGACCAGAA